AUGUUCGAGGAUUACCUUCAUAGUGAGGAGUUCAAGGACCUUCAUCCUGUCCUCAAGCUUUACCUCAUCCUUGUAUUUGGAAACAAGACCGGGAAUGAGGUGGCAACGUUCGAAGUCCUCAUCGAACAAAACAUGCAAUGGGACGAAGAUGGAUGGUUUCUACUCAAGAAAAUUCAAGAAAAGAAGAAGUUGGGUGGAUUAAGUUCGAAGAAUGAUCAGAAACUUGCUGAUAUUUUUUUGAAGAAUUUAUAUGGUUCAGAGACAAUGGAUGAUGUACUUUUACCUUUUGAAACUUUGGUAAGUUCAAAGGAUUAUCAAGUGAGACGACGUUUGGGAAAUGGGAGCCAGUAUAAGGAGAUUCAGUGGUUAGGUGAAACCUUCGCUUUAAGACACUUUUUUGGGGACAUUAAGGUACUGAUACCCGAGAUUUCUAAGGAAUCAUGUCUGUGUCAUUCAAAUAUAAUGCAUGUCCUUUGUGGGUUUUCAGACGAGGAAAAGAAAGAAUGUUUCUUGGUAAUGGAACUCAUGGAGAGAGAUCUAUCCAGUUACAUUAAGGAACUCUGUGGUCCAAGAAAGAGAAUUCCAUUUUCACUUCCAGUUGCUGUUGAUCUUAUGCUGCAGAUAGCAAGAGGAAUGGAAUAUCUCCACUCGAAAAAAAUCUAUCAUGGAAAUUUAAACCCUUCUAAUAUUCUUAUAAAAGCCAGGAAUGUUAGUAAAAACGGGGAUUUACAUGCUAAAGUGUCGGGUUUUGGUCUAUCAUCCUCUAUUAGUCUCACACAAAAAGCCCCCAAAAGUCCUAGUGGACAACUUUCUUUUAUUUGGUAUGCACCAGAAGUGCUAACAGAACAAGAAGAGUUGAGCAUUGAGGGAGGAAAUUUGAAGUAUAACGAUAAGUCAGAUGUUUACAGCUUUGGGAUGAUCUGCUUCGAGCUUUUAACGGGCAAGGUCCCAUUUGAAGAUAGCCAUCUUCAAGGCGAUAAAAUGAGCCGAAACAUUAGGGCAGGAGAGAGGCCACUUUUCCCAUUCCAUUCACCUAAAUAUGUAGCAAGCUUAACAAAGAAAUGUUGGCACUCGGAUCCCAAUCAAAGGCCGAGUUUCUCAUCUAUCUGUAGAAUUCUUCGAUACAUUAAGCGUUUCUUAGUUAUGAACCCUGAACACAGCCAGCCAAAUCCACCAAUGCCACCAGUAGAUUUCAGCGAUAUUGAGGCAGAGAUCAUAAGAAGCUUUCCUUAUAUGGGAAAGUCCAAUCUUUUGCCUGUAUCACAAAUCCCAUUUCAGAUGUUUGCUUACAGAGUGAUUGAGAAGGAAAAACCGAAUACAAAUCAGAGAGAUACCUCCGAAUCAGGAAGUGAUGGAGCUUCAGCCUGUGGGGAUGAUAAUGUAAUAGCAGACGAUCCAUUACCAUCACCAGCACGAUCACCAAGACCAACUGUAAAGAAAUGCUUAUCCUCUCCCGACAUGUCAAACAAGAAACUUUCAUUAUCAAAGAAAUCGCUAAGCGUCAAAGCCAAGAAACUGCCAGGGACACCAAAGGAAAGAUCAGUACGGCCUCCACAAAUAACACCUCGUGGACGCAGUAUGAGAAUGAAUUCCGAAAGUCAGCUAAUGUUAACAAGUCCAAAGCCAUGGAGAACAUCCGGUCAUGUCUCUGAUUCUGAGCUCUCCUAGGAAUCUGUAAUAAAAAAAAUUGAUACAGAAACAUGAACCAACUUCCACACUAUUCUUUUAGUUUCAUCAGAUAACUGCAAGCAUUUUCUUAUGUAGUAUCUGGUAUAGUAUAGGAUAAUUUAGGUAACAGGACAAUGAUUCACAAUAGAAAGGCAAGACCUCAAAAUUGUACAUGAAACAAUCCAAAGUUUGUUGCCUUUUUACAUGAUCUCUUAUUCUGAACUAUUUCUUGUUGCUUUUUGACAAUUUUGUACUAUUUUAAGC